UUCCAAAUUGUCUUAUCAUUUUAAAUCAUGGAAACUUUGAUUUAUUAUUUUAAUCGUUUUUUGAUUAAUAUUGAUCAGCUUUUAAGGUGAUUAUUAUAUGGAUUAUAAAGUGAUUAACGGUAACAAUUAGCUUUUAAUUGUUGAUUGGAAAUGUUUUUAAUCAGUUUGAGUCUUUUCUUGUUUUGGAUACUAAAGGAUUUCCAUGUAAUCAAUUCAACUUCUGUUAAUCAUCAUCAAGAGUAUUACGAUGGUAUUAAUGAGUAUUAUGUUUAUCCUAAUGGUUUAACGGGUUCGAUUUUUGGUUCUAAUGGGUCUUUGGCCAAAGUUCGAAGUCAACCUGGAAUUAGACGGGCUAAUAUUCAACAGCGACAGCGGACUAUUCGACCGGCGGUUGUCGCAACUUUCCGUUUUGAACAGAAACCUACGGCUGGUAAGAAAUCGGGUUGGCAUGUGUCGGGUUGUUAUUGUCCUGCUUCGAGUGUUUAUUGUGACUGUUCCCGUGCGACAACUCGAGUGAACAUGAUGAUCAAUCCUCGACGGGUCCCUCGACCUUCGACUGGUAAAAAGGCGACUAUUAGGAAUCCAACUCGAAGUCAAACGACGAAGCGAAUUGUCAGAUAUCGUGAACGAGUUCGAGGUAAAAAUGGCGGUGUAAGAACUAAGCCACUUUCUAUUCGAAGUGGGUGUUUCUGUGAUUCACUUGGGUGUCGGGGGAACGCUUGUAAUCAACUUAAUGGUUGUGUUUGUAACGAUGAUAACGGGAUCUGUUGGGGUAACAAUUGUCCAGCGAGUAGAUCGGUAAACACUGAUCGUAGUUUGGAUUCUCCCGUUGAAACUGGAAUUAUGGAAAAUUUGAUGGCCACCCCACCGUCAAUAACGCCAGUGGAAACACCGUCAAAUGGCCUUUUGGUUGAUCCGCUUUUUAACUUAUUCAAUUUAGCAAACAAUUCAAGUUCCAUGAAAAUUUCCGAUGAAAUCAAAACAAUCCUACCAAGUGAAAAUAUCGCUGAAGAUUCCGUGGCCGACCUGACGGAUGGAUGUUAUUGCGAUCAAAUGGGCUGUAAAGGGUCGAACUGUUCACAAAUGAACGGAUGUUUCUGUGGACUGGAUCAGUGUUGGGGUCGUUCAUGUGGACUAUUAUCUCCCCUUGGAUCAGGUCAACCAACGCCGAUUGAAGAUGAAACGGUUUUCAGUCGGAAAAAGUUUGGAUAUGAUGAUAAUCUGUUAGACGGAAAAGUGACCAUGGUAAAGUCUAAAUUUGAAAAUCUUUGGAACAGCAAGAAAAACAUGAUGACCAAUGUCGGCAAUAAAUUCGGUGGACUAGUUGGGUCAAAGGUUAAUAUGGUACAGAGUAAAUUAAAUGGUAUCGCUGGAACCAAAGCUUCAAUAAUUAACUCGGUGGGUAAUCAAUUAACUGACCUGGUCGCACAUAAGACAAGUAUGUCAAUUCCCAAUAAGUUUAACUUUUUAGACGGAAUCGGAAAUAAACCAACAUUAACAAUGAACGAGAUACUUACCUCAAGUGACCAAGGUCCAAUUGAGAUCAACAAUAGUCCGAUAUUAACACCGCCGUCGCCGCAGCCACCGAUCAACACGAUUGACUCAAAGAUGAAUAAAAUUUACUCAAUGAAAGCUCCAAGUGAAAGUAAAUCAUCCAAUGCUAAUAACAACAAUAAUCGUGAAUUAAUCAUGAUGAUGAUGAAAUCAAACGGUAAAAAUAAAAAACCAUCAAAUCUUUUAACGGUUAAACAUGCAAAUAAUGAUGAAAACGAUUUACAACUGACCGCUAAAACAGUGGCCAAUGGUGACGCUAAAUUUGAGACCGUGUUGGGUAAUAAGGUGGAUGUGUUGACCGGUAAAGUUAACAAUUUAGUGACCGCCGAUGCUAAAGGAAUGAAAAAUUUGGUCGGUCAAGUGAUUCCCGUUAUAAGAGGAUUUCCAAUUGAAAGUAUUGUUGGUGUUCCGGUGCCACAGAUCCAAGGGAUGGCCAUUGGGUCAGUUCCGUCGAUGCCAGUUGAGACUAAACCACAGAAACCUAAAUAUCAUCAUCAUCAUCAUCAUCAAAACCAUCAUAAUCCUAAUCUUAAUCCUAAUCUUAAUCCUAACCCUAAUCAUAAUCAUAACCCUAAUCAUAAUCAUAACCAUAAUCAUAAUCAGCAUCAGCAGCUUGUUCAUCAUCACCCUAAUCAUAAUUAUCAUCAUCAUCAUGAACCGCAACCUCAUCCUUAUAAUAUAAUGUCUCCUUCUCAUCCUCCACUAACUACUCAUCAACUUCAACCGCAAUUAAAUAAUCAAAACAAUCAACAAAUGAUGUUUAAUAAUAACCAUUUAACUACAAUGAAUGUUGAUGUUUCUUCAAGUAAACCCGCUGGGGUCGCAACACUUAAUCCGAUAAUCUCUAGAUUAUCAGAUCACAAUUUGAAUCAACAACAACAUCAACAUCAGCAGCAACAACAACAACAAUUACCUAAUCAACAACAAUCAACUCUACAAUUACAACAACUAUUACCUUCACAAUUAAACCAACAACAACAACAACAGAAAUCAAAUCAACCAACAGUGAUAAUUAGAGCUUCUCCUAAUGGUUCAGUUCCAUCGGUUACAAUUAAGACAAUUGAAUUACCCCAAUCAGGAGGAAAUAUAACCAAAAGUAUUACAAUGGUUAACUAAAUUCAAUUGAAUCACUUAAUCCACAAUUAAAACAAAUCAAACUGUAAAUAAACUAAUUAUCAAAUGAAUAUCUUUUAACUUUUACAAAAAUCAAUCUCUACUCAAAAACAAUUAUUUAGAUUACGAUUGUAUUAAUAAUAAUAUUUGUAAAUCUAAUCUAAAUCCUGUCAACAAUUAAAAUAAAUUAACUUCAUCACCGAUUCAAUGUAAAUUUGUGAAUCUCAUGUGUUAACAAUUUAAAUUGUUAUCAUUGACAAAUGAACAGAGUUUAAAAUGCUCACACGAAUCAACAAUUUAUCAUAAUUCAAUCGGAAGAAAACAAUUUACACAACAAUUAAUUUAAAUUGUUGUAGAAAAGUUUUCUCAUCUUAUCCUAGUUAUUUACCUUUCAUCAUGAUCACCAAGUUAACAACGUGACAAUUAACAGCCGGAAAGGUAAAUUUAGUUUCAAUCUAUUGAUUAUUGUUACAAUUUAAGUAUCCAAACAAUUGACAAUCAGCAAGAAUUAACAAUCAACAAUUAAUUGAAACGGGAAAAAAGGUGCUUCCUCUUAUCACCCAACCCUUUAAGUUAACUUAAUUGUAAUCACCUUGUUGACCCCAACUGACCAGACAACCAAUGGAUACACAAAUAUAAUCUCAAAUAAGUUAAUUAAAUCAUGGAGAAGACCAUUUACUCGGAAACGAUUCCACCAAGUCCAAUCGACCGC